UUUGAGACCCCUGGUCUAGGACAUCUCAUUAAAGGAAAAUGUCUGCUCCAUAUCAGAGUUUGGAAGUCCUAUAAAUCGCCUCACUGUUGAGGGUUUAUUGUGUUUGCCUCAACAAGGCUCAAGGCAAAGACCCUGCUGAACAAGGCAUCCUUCAUCAUCACUCUUACAGGUGAGGCCAAGGUCGCACGGCUUUCAUAAACGCAUUAACAUUUUGUGAACCUGGUCUGCGGAUAAAUUGCUCUCCUCUGACUCCUUUUUUGUACAUUCAUGCUAGGGUUAGAUAUUAAUACGCUUUCAUUUCUUUGUGUUUCGUUUCUGUGUUCAUGGUGUUUGGUGAGGGGGCAACACAGGCCAGCACUGAAACGAAGGCCAGAGGGGAUCAAGUAAUGAGUUAUUAUACACAUCAGCAAAGGAGACGAGGCCGCUCGGCUCUGCCUAGUUACCGGUGCUGCUCGUGGGCUGAUAACAUUCGCUGAAGCUUGACCUAAUUGGUGGUGGAAAAAAAUAUCCCAUCCAGACUUGGCUAAUGUGCACAAAACAAUAUGACAUUAAAUAGGACGAGUAUCACACUCUGCUGUGCGUAGUGGCUUGCAAAAAUACCCAUCCUUCUUUGGAUUUUAUGUGGUAGAGCAAGACAAAGCAACACAUAAUGGAAGAAAAAGCAGUAAGAAGGCUUAAUUUGUAUCUAGCCCCCUUCAUUAUAAAACCUCACAAUCCAGUGCAACCAGGAGUCAACUAAUUUAUAGAGUCCACCUGUGUGUAAUUUAAUCUCCGUAUAAAGCUUUUCACAUUAGUGGACAAACAGCAACAUGAAGACCAAGAAACACAGCAGGCAGGUGGUAAUAUAUUUGGAUCUUCUUAUUGAGGAAGAUCCAAAUAAUGAUCUAGUUGAUACUUGUAUUAACAUUAAUUUCAUUCAGUAUUUAUCUGGAUCCCUCCAAUGGGUUCUCUGCGCUUUCUCGCUAUCUUGCUGCAAUGUGUUAGUUCUUUCUGCUUUUGGUGUCUUCUAUUCUGCUAAAUAGUGAAAAGAGUUAACAUGACCCAGCUUUUUUGUUUUAGCAGGUGUGGAAAAGCUAAACGUAGUUAGCAAGAGACUGCAAAUACUGGGGUCUACUUAAUGUAAACGCAAAAACGGACAGCCAGAGGACAGGUUUAGAUUAAGGGGUUGGCUGAGUACAAAGACGUGCCACACCUUUCAGAUUUCCUCCCCCCCCCCUAUUUUUAUAAAUUUUAAAGAUGGUCUAUCAUUUCACUUCCACUUUAAAACUGCACUACUUUCUGUUGACCACAAAACCCCACAAUUUUUUUUAUUCCUGUGACAAAAUGUAGAAAGCUUCAGCAAGAUUUUGAUUUUUUUUUUUUUAGGUAAACAAAAGCAUAGUCACCACUAUUCAUCUGGUGUGUGUCAAACAUUCAAGAGGAAGGGAUGAUGAAUGUUUUUAAAAGUAAAUCAAAAGCUUCUCCACAAGGUAUUAGGGGCUGUGUUUCAUAAUCGCCAGCAUACAGAUGACCAAGUCAAGAGGUUUGGCCAGAGGGAGGCGCACCGCCUAUAUUUGAAUACAACAAUUAAGCAAACUGGUCUAACUCUGAUUAAACACUAGGGAGAGGGGAGAGAGAAACCCAUAGCCAAACGCAGACAGGUUAAAAAAAAAUCCUGUAGUGCUUUUAUAACUUUACAACCGAGGAGAUAACUUGUAUAUAGAUUGAAAUAGCCUGUUUGUUGCUUUUAUAGCUGCUGUGUGACAUAAUAAUUUACAAAGUCUGCAUAGUUUUUCUGCAAGGUUCCCUGUUGGACUGGCAGCCACUUCAUCAUCACGGCGUGCGUCUCCUUCUCGGCGCUCUAAACUGAUUAUCGGCUGAAGCGCACACAAGCAGCAGCAGCAGCAGCAGCAGCAACCCGGCUGUGACACCCGUCCGACCCAGCUACAGACUGUGCUCAGGCUGGGUGGCUGCUGCACUGGCACCAUGGAGCAAAAAUCACCAAAACCCGGAGGCUCCGGCCGGGGCCAGGAGUCCAUGUCCUACCAGCGGAGGAUGUGGAAGAAUUUCCAGGAGAAAACCAAGCCGUGGCUCAGUCCGAAGCUGGGCUCGGAGCGCCGCGGAGCCGGAGGUGGCGCGGAGGGCACCAAGAAGGAGUCCGGCUUGUGGAUGUUCAAGAGGAAAAAGAAACAGCUGGACCGGGUGUUUUCGUCAUCGCAGCCGAACUUAUGCUGCUCCACUCCGGCGCCUUUUGAAGGAGACAAGCUCGCCGCUGGCGGAGGCGACGCGACCUCAGAGAUGAGCUCCGACUGUCAGGCUCUGGGGACAGGCAGCAAACCGGAGCUGACGGCCCACGGGAGCCCCAAACUCCCCGUGUCCCAGCUGAUGAUGUACCAGCAGAAGAGCUCCUCUCUCGGUUCGUCGUGCUUCGAGAAGCUGGUGGUGGAUCCCGCCGCGGAGCCCGGAGGAGAGGAAGAGCAGCUGCGUAAAAACGCAAGUGAUUCUGGCAUCAACAUUGUUGGACCUAGUAAUGCAGAGUCUCAGCCUCAUCUGCCUUGUCCAGCCAUGUACCAAUUGGAUAUUGUCUUGAAGAAAGGGAAAAAUCUCGCCAUUCGUGACCGGACAGGGACCAGCGACCCAUAUGUGAAGUUUAAAAUCGGAGGGAAGGAAGUGUUCAGAAGCAAGACGAUCCACAAAAAUUUAAACCCAGUGUGGGAUGAGAGAGUUAUUCUUUUGGUGGAAACUCUCAGGGAGCCUCUAUAUGUCAAGGUGUUUGACUAUGACUUUGGACUUCAGGAUGAUUUCAUGGGCUCAGCAUAUCUACACCUGGAAUCACUGGAACAUCAAAGGACGCUGGAUGUGACUCUGGACCUGAAGGACCCACAGUACCCUGAGCAUGACCUGGGUAGCCUGGAACUCACCGUCACUCUGUCACCAAAGGAAGGAGACAUAAAGGAUGCUUAUCAGAGUAUGAGGCUCUCGGAUGUGCACAGGAAAGCCCAGCUCUGGCGAGGUAUCGUCAGCGUCAGUCUAAUCGAAGGUCGCAACCUGCAGCCCAUGGACGCCAACGGCUUCAGUGAUCCUUAUGUCAAGUUCAGGAUGGGUCAUCAAAAGUACAAGAGCAAGACAAUUCCCAAAACACUAAACCCGCAAUGGAGAGAGCAGUUUGAUUUCCACCUGUAUGAAGAGCAGGGAGGCUACGUGGACAUCACAGUCUGGGACAAAGAUGCUGGCAAGAAGGAUGACUUCAUGGGCAGGUGUACUAUCGACCUGUCACUUCUCAGUAAAGAACAAACUCACAAGCUGGACUUGCCGCUGGAGGAAGGAGAAGGUGUUCUGGUGUUGCUGGUCACACUCACUGCAUCGGCCGCGGUUUCAAUCUCAGAUCUGUCCGUCAACAUUUUGGAUGAUCCACAUGAAAGGCGCCAGAUUAUGCAAAGAUAUAGCCUCUGGAGGUCGCUUCACAACCUGAAAGAUGUCGGCAUGGUGCAAGUGAAGGUCAUCAGAGCUGAGGGACUCAUGGCGGCAGAUGUCACAGGUAAAAGCGAUCCGUUUUGUGUGGUGGAGCUGAGCAAUGAUCGCCUACAGACACACACCGUCUACAAAAAUCUAAACCCAGAGUGGAACAAGGUCUUCACUUUCAACGUCAAGGACAUCCACUCAGUGCUUGAGGUUACCGUUUACGACGAGGACCGGGACAGAAGUGCCGACUUCCUUGGGAAAGUGGCUAUCCCUUUGCUAAAUAUCCAAAAUGGAGAACGCAAAGCCUACGUCUUGAAAAGCAAGGAGCUGACAGGGCCAACAAAAGGGGUCAUCUUUCUCGAAAUAGACGUGAUUUUUAAUGCUGUGAAGGCUGGUCUCAGGACGUUGACUCCUGUCGAACAAAAGUACAUCGAGGAGGAGCCUAAAGUGUCCAAACAGAUGCUUUUGCGCAACUUCAACCGAGUCAGACGCUGCAUCAUGUUCCUGAUCAACACAGGCUGCUACAUCAACAGCUGCUUCGAAUGGGAAUCUCCGCAGAGAAGCAUCUGUGCUUUUGUGAUUUUCACCAUUGUUGUCUGGAACUUUGAGCUUUAUAUGAUUCCUCUGGCUUUGCUUCUGCCGUUGGCCUGGAACUACAUUCUCAUCGCGUCGGGGAAGGAUACGAGGCAAGAUGUUCAAGCUGUGGAGGACCUGCUGGAAGAUGAGGAUGAGGAUUUUGACAAAGAUGACAAGGACCCUAAACAAGGCCCCUGGGAGGACAGCCAUGAUAAAAACCAUAUCCUCGAGGAUAUAUUGGCUUCCUGGCACUUUGAGUGGAUACGAGUGAUGGUGGACUCGGAGAGAAAGGGCUUCAUGAACAAGCUUUAUGCCAUUCAGGACGUGUGCAUCAGCGUGCAGAAUGCACUGGAUGAAGUGGCCUCCUACGGCGAGAGGAUAAAGAACACAUUUAACUGGACUGUGCCUUUCUUAAGCUGGUUAGCGAUUGUAGCUCUCGUUGUGGCCACAAUCAUAAUCUACUUCAUUCCACUACGGUUCAUCGUGCUGGCCUGGGGGGUUAACAAGUUCACAAAGAAACUGCGGGACCCUUACACCAUUGACAACAACGAGCUGCUGGACUUCCUGUCCAGAGUGCCCUCAGAUGUGCAAAUGGUGCAGUACCAACAGCUGAAACUGGAUCCCAAUCCCAGUCCAAAUAAAAGGAAGAAAAACAACCCCGGGUAGAUCACUGCAUCCGCCCACGGACUCCUCUCUCCUUCAUUUCUUUUCCUGCUGGUUGGAUGCUGGACGCUGAGAAGCAAAGCCUGGGCUGAACCAUCCUUCUUCUAUUUAUAUCCUGCUUUAUUUUGUUCAACUUCAUUUCUCCCGUCAGUAGGCUUUACACUUUCUCUAAAUAUAAUUUUAUAUGAGCAUCGACUUCAAGAAACCUUUAACUCAUUAUUAUUAUUAUUAUUAUUGUAUUGUACACAUUAUGUAUUGAGUCCUUUUUAUAUCAGCCAUCUGAGCUGCUGUGUCCUUCCCUCUGGGAGUGUGUGUGCUUGCCACAGUAGUCGAACAGGUUACAGUUAAAUUAUUUGUAGAUAAUUGAUACUAUUUAGAUUUACAUAAAUAUAAAUCCAGGCCUUAAACGAUCAUUCUCGACAUUUCUUUAGCUUGUACUAUAUAGCUUUGAAUCACUUUUGGUGAAAUGUUUCUAUUUUCUAAUUGUUUUUUAUACUAUUACAUCCUUAUUUUUGAUCUCCUCUUGAAUGUUUUGAUGAUUUAAUGUUUUGCUGGCAGUAAUUUGUGUUGUUGUUAUCUAAAUUAGCAGGCAGAUUUCAUCUGUAGGCUCCAGACAUGUUUCUUUACAAACAAGCGCAUCUCGGUAAAUUAAAAUAUUAUUAAAACGCUGGCUGGACCGAGAACCCUGAGAGCCACCAUGCACAGAUGUAUCCAGGAAAUGGUCACCUUGUGUGUUAAGCCACUUCAGAACCAGAGACAAUGUCAGAAGCGUCUUACCUUGAUGAAGAAAUCAAAGGACUGGACUGUUGCUGAGUGUGGGCUGCAGAUCUCUUCUUAGAUGGGGGCACAUUAGAUGGGUUUUACAUUUUAGAUUGACACCAAGCCUCUUAAGUCUGGUUUUUAUUUUCCAGCAGGACUCGGUAACAGCCUACACUGCCAAAAGUACCAAUAUCUGCUUUAAUAACCACGAUAUCACUGUGCUCGAUCGGUCAGCAAAUUCGCCGGGCCCCUUAGACAAUCUAAGAAGAGACUCCAGAUCCAACAGUUGAAGCUGAAGGGUCGCUAUUACAGUAUCAAAAAAAAAAAAACUUUUGUAAUUAGUCUUCUAUAAUUUUUUAAACCAAACCAAGAAAUAUUUUACUGUAGGUAAUGAACUUGGAACAAUUUGCCCUUUGGAGCCAAAAAUACUGCAAUAAAAUAACACAAGUUUUAACAACAUAAUAUUCUAAUUUAUCAAGAUGCAAUUGUGAAAACAAAUCUGGACCAACAGGCCUUGAGCUCCUUUUUUAGUCACUAAACCAAUGAGUAGGAACAAGUUUGAUCAUUUGGCGCAUUGGAUCUCUAGAAAGUGUGCAGUUUAACCCUGUCAGCGUCAUCAGUCAGUCAGUACGACACCUUCUCAGUGAGGAGGCGCUGCAGACUGGGCCUGCUGUCGCUGUGCUUAUAUAGAUGUCACCCGGUCUAUGCAGAGUGUCAUCGAGCAGGCAGGCCUUUAGGCAGGCACAGCCCUAAUCUUGUUUGAAAGGCCGGUCUCUUUCCCUCUCAUCUCCCUGUGUGUUUGCCUUGGCGGCCACACAUGAAAGCGCUUACACACGAGGCGCACUUCUACAGCACGGGCAUGCACGCCGACACAAAGAGCCCCAGCCUCUCUUUCUCCCUCUCAGGAGGGAAGAGAGAAAGAAGGCAUCUCUGGUAGGAAGUCUUGCACACUGUAACUACUUGCUCGCAGAUAAAACAACAGAGUGUCAUAUUUGAGCAGGAACAGUUUCUCCCUCUCAACCAAGCACACACACACACCCACGCCCGCCACGCAAACACACAAGCAGACAUGCAAACAUGCUCUCUAUGAUGCUGCGCCCCGGGCUGGCCGCCCUCUCCAUCUGCCCCACCUCCUGUGCCCACAGCUCAACUUUGAUCAGCCCUUCCAGAGACACGGGCGCGUAUGUGCGCCCUGUGUAUUUACAGAGGAGUGUUUGCAUAUACACGUUUAUGCAAUCAAAGAUUCUCCCAGCGUCAGUGUGUGGUACAAUUGCAUCUCCCCUCCAGCUCUAGACUGACACUCAGAUUCGAUGGGGUGUGCGUGUGCGUGUGUGCUGCAGCAGAGGCACCAGCUGUUUUUCGGUGUUGACUUUGUGGAGAUGCUUGAUGAGCAGUAAGUCAUUGUGUGACAAGACAAGGCUCUGAGGGGACUUAGGCCUGAGAUGUCAGGGAUGGAGGAAUAUUUGUGUGUGUGUGUCGGCGUGUGUGUGCAUGUGUUUUAUCCUAUUUCAAAACACACUUCCCGUCAUGCUUUCCCCGUUUGCUCUCUCUGCGGUUUCCUCAUUCGUCAGUAAGCAGGGUUGCGACCCUGUCUGAAGGGAUGGUCUCUUGGGCUUCUUGUAGAGCUUCUCUUGAAAUAUCACAGCACAAGCUAUGUUUGAGGAGGUCCUGUCUCAUCCUAUUGAUCCCUGCCUCCAUUUCCCACUGCCUCCACUUCUUUGUCUGACUGUCUUUAAGUCUGUAAAACCCCGGCUCACUGCAUCUAGUGUCGUCUUCUCCCCUCAUCUGUCUCUGUGCCGCCGCCUUCCACCUUUUGAAGCUCCGCUCUACUUCAUAAGUUUGUUUCCAUUCUCCGAUAAAUGAUUUUAUCGUCUGAUCCAUUUGGGAAGCAGUAAUAAACUUUUCUUUGCCACAAACUUGUUACUCAAGGGGAUGGCGUUUUUGUUUUGCCCGAUGAACUGCUUGAAUACGUGACACUUGUUUUUACUGCAACAGCGCCUGUACCAUUUGUUGACACCCCUAGCACUGAGUAUAAAAAGCCUUAAUUUCUUUUAUUGCAACAGGAUAAUCUCACACAGGAAAAAAAAAAUCUUUAGUGGGGAAAAUGCUAUAUUAAGAAAUCAGUACCUUCUCUAACAGUUCCUAGUAAAUAGAUGUACCUAAACCAUUUUUAAAACAUAUGCUUAUAAGUUUUAAAUUGAUCAGAGAUUAUAAGAAACCCUACUUAGUAAUUGAUCACUUGCUGUUUUCUGGGACAUAAAUAUGACUUGUCGUAUUUUGUCAACUCUACAAAAACAGAAAAAUCAAGACGACAUGCCUUUUAUGUAAGACGGAUAUACGUUGAUCUCCACAAGGUAGAAGUUUAAAAUGUAGACCAAUUGAAUGGUUUUAUUUUCCAUGCUUGUCUGUUUGCAGAAAUCAGGGGUUACCUGAGAAAUCAACACUAAAAAAUUCAAUACGUAGCUUCUUUUUAAAAAAAGAAACAAACAAAAAACAACAUGGUGAUAAAUGAACCACUGUAUGUCUCCAGGUCCAUUUUCAGACUUCAGUAAUUUUUCAGGAUGAAUUCUAAGCAAGUGGACCUGAAUUCUGUCUAAUACCUUUUAUCGCUUUAUCCACAGGAGACUCUGACUGUGGAUACAUUCUCAGAAGUUUUAAUUACUUUUUCUUGGAGAAUGUAUAAGAAAAACAUGAUCACCCAUUUAAAUGUUAAUGCUUUAGUACCCAGCCGCAUAACCCAAUAAUAUUACAAGCUAGCACAGAUAGAAAAGCUGAGUUAAGUUCGUAUGCAAUUAUUUAGAUCGUAGUUUUCAUUAUUAAUGCCUCCCAUGACUGACAGACCUUUUAUUGUCACAACCCGUUUGGUUUCUUAAUAAAUUAUGCUCACAUCAACCUGUAGCCAUUAAAAUUUUUUUUACAGUCGUUUCUCCAGUUUUGUAGUUUUCAUUUGCUGCUUUAAUGUGUUGUCCUGUUUCUUAAAGUAUUUGUACCAGUGUUGCCAAUUACUUUGCCAUUUGUGAGUUUACAAAAAUUAUUUCUUAGCCCCACUAAAUAAAUAAAAGUAAUCAAAUUUAAGGUUGGAUUUGUAAAAAUAUUUGCACUGUUAGAUAAUGAUGUUGCUGCAAUAGAAAAAAGAAAAUAAAUCUGGCUUUUUUCAAAUCUUCACUUGGGGUAUCAACUAAUUUGUUCGCGACUGUGCGUUGCAGAUUUGUGAGUGUUGUGCGGUAAUGCAUCCAAAUGUCCCUUUUUGUUUAGUUUAAGGUUUUGGCUGCGUUGACCAGCAAACCAAAGUGUGAUUUUUGUAUCAUGUAGAGAAAAAAUGUAUAAGAAGAAUGUAUUGGGCUGAUAGCUGUCAAAGAAAGAGAAGCACUUUUAUUUGAAUGAGACUAUUUAUUUUUUAAAGAAUACUGUACAUAGCUAACUGAUUAAUGUAUGGUUGUAUUUUAUACAGUAUGCCUGUCGAUGUUCUGGUAAUAAUACUGUAAAGUAGGUGUAUUGCCUGCCUUGAUUUAUUUUUAUUUUUUUAAAUAUUUGUCUUGUCUGCCUGCAAAAUCUUCUGCUUGUGACAUCAUCUCUGUGUGUCUCUUUACAACCAAUAAGAUUUACAGACAUGACAGCUGGAAGGAAGGGCAUAAUAUGUUGUAUACCUCUGAUUUAAGUAACGAUACUCAUCUGAUAAAUGUGGCUUAUUUUGGGUCAAAAAUAGUGAAACAAAAACUUUCAAUUAAAUAUUUUUUAGCAACUUCCCUUUGUGUGGAUAUUAUUGACACAUUUGCAGGCACACUUCUGGCUUCCUCCCAUUUCAACAGCAGCAGCAAAUACUGUGAUGUAUUUAGAGGAAACCCUAACCCUAACUUUUUUUCAAAAUAAAACGUACUUAAAGGAUACAAAGUUGAAUUUUGCAUAUGUCCCAUUUAACAGGUAGAUGGAUGCAAUUAUCCGACAUUGGGAUAGAAAAUAACUCUGGAAACUACAAAUAUAUUUACUUUCCCAUAAUGUGGGGCUGGAAAAUACUUAAAAUGAAUGCAUAGGUUUCGAGCACCAGAACAACUUUGCCAACUUGUUUGCAGUGGCACUCUAAUAAAGAAAACCCACUUGUGGAGCCGUCACUUUGUUCUUUUUUAGCAGAGUUUAUGGCUACACCUAAGCUAUUUUAUGAGACCUAGAAUGAGCACAGAGAGAAAAAAAAAUCAUAAAAUAUAUAUGCACCGUUUAUUUAUGCCGGUGCUUUAAAGUUUCUCACUUUUUCUCAUCUCAUUUUUACUGUCUGACAUGAAUAAAGUAA